UCCGCCGGGCGCUCCGGCCCGGACCCGCGGCUCCCGAAGCCGCCCCCGCGGUCGCACCGAGCCCCGCCGUCACGGGGCGGCCGCCAACAAAGGCCCCGACCCCGCGCCGCCACGCGUUAAGAGCCGGGAGUCGCAGCCUGGCGCCCGGAGCCGCGCAGUGCACGCCGGGACUUGCAGUCCCACUGCAGCGCGGGAACGGGCGGAAGGCGGCGUGCAGACUGCCCGUCCCGGCGUGCCCCGCGCAGCGGCCGCCCUUCCUCCGGUGCCGUGCCGCUGCUGUGCCGCUGCCUGGGGUGGAAGGGGAGCGCGGGGAGAUGAGCAGGGCGCGGGCGGACGAGGAGGAGUACUGGCACAGCUCCAAGUUCCGGGCCUUCACCUUCGACGAUGAGGAUGACGAGCUGUCCCAGCUGAAGGAAUCUAAGCGGGCGGUGAACAGCCUUCGGGACAUCGUUGAUGAUGACGAUGACGAUCUGGAGAAGGUCAGCUGGAGCGGGGAGCCCGUGGGAAGCAUCUCCUGGUCAAUCAAAGAGACAGCCUCCAGCAGCAGCUCCCUGGAGGGCCGAGACACUGGUCUACAGAAGGGCUCUUCCUCCUAUGCUGCUCUUCCUAAGCAGGUUUCCUCCUAUUCCCUGAGCAGCUUGUUUAAAGGACGAAACAGACUUCCAAGUUUGCCGUCCCUUUCAGACGCCUUCGCAGACACAGGAGUUAAAAACUAUGCCCCAGAACUGCGCAGACCAAAAGCUGAGUACAAGGAUUACAGCAAUGACUGGAGCCCCAGAGAUACAGUCCGGCGAAUGCAGAGGGGCAAGGUUUGUUCUCUAGAGAGGUUUCGCUCCCUGCAGGACAAGCUGGUGCUCUUGGAUGAAGCUGUGGCAGGACAUGAUGGAAAUGUCAUCACAGCUGUCCUGAUAUUCCUGAAACGGACACUAAGGAGAGAGGUCUUGUUUCGAGAGCUGGAGGUGCGGCAGGUGGCCUUGUGUCAUCUCAUCCAUUUCCUCAAAGAAACGGGUGAGCAGAAGCUGCUUCUGGAUCUGCUCAGGUUCCUAGACAGGACUGAGGAAGUUGCUCUCUCACAGUACCGGGAGCAUUUGAACAUCCAGGAUGUAGAAAAGAAGAGAGAAUUUCUGAAGGGCUGCAUUGGGCUGCCAUUUUCAGCUGAGGAUAUCUCCCACAUCCAAGACCAUUAUACCCUGCUGGAGAGACAGAUAAUCAUUGAGGCCAAUGAUCAACACUUGGCGAUGGCUGGGCAGUCAGAGAUAUUUCGGAAAUACCCUCGCAAGGCCUCAAUUCUCAACAUGCCACUAGUGACCACUCUCUUCUAUUCCUGCUUUUACCACUACACAGAGGCUGAGGGAACAUUCAGCAGCCCAAGCAAUCUGAAGAAGACAUUUAAGAUUCCUGAUAAGCAGUAUGUGCUGACUGCCCUGGCUGCCCGUGCCAAGCUACGAGCCUGGGAGGAUGUGGAUGCACUCUUAACUACCAAGAACUGGCUGGGCUACACCAAGAAGAAGGCACCUAUUGGCUUCCACCGGGUGGUAGAGAUCUUGCAGAGGAACAAUGCACCUGUCCAGGUGCUGCAGGAAUAUGUGCGCUUAGUAGAGGAUGUGGAAACACGGUUGAACCUUGCCACCAAAUACAAGUGCCAUGAUGUUGUGAUUGAUACAUACAGGGAUCUAAAGGAUCGCAUCCAGCUGAUGGCAUAUAAAUGCAAGGUGGAGCGGGGCUCUGCAGAAGAAGAGAAGAUAAACAGCCUACUCAGUAACAUGCAAAUCCGGUGGAAGAACUGAGCACCAGUGAAGUAACCUGCUUGGACGUUGCCUUGCCAGUACAAAAGGAAACUGUAAAAGCUGGUCCAGCACCAACAGAGCAGCUCUGUUACUACUCAUUGCAUGAUCAGUGUUUGUCAGUGACACUGGGUGCUUGCGGGACAGAGGCAUUCAAGCAGGUUGAAGACAACUGCUCUGAUGCAGCCAGUGAAACCAUGGUACUGAUCCACAAGUGUUGAUUCUUUUUGGAAUCUGAUUCUCUUUGACCUGGUGUAGGACAGUCAUGGCUUUUGUUUACAGAGGGAAGUUGCUGGACCAGGCAAAGUUGUGUUUGCUUAUUGUGGUGUCUGGGCUCUUUCUAGCAAGAGGAACAGGUCAGUCAUUCGCGGGUCUCCAGUAGACAAUGCUGACCGACCAGUCCCUGUAACAUUCAGGCUGGCUUGGGCAUCACCAGUCAUGGCUGUGGAGAAGAAGGCUUACUGGACUGUGUUCUUCCCACAUCAGAGUGUGAAGGGGGAAAGGGUCAGCUGCACUUUGAAGUCUUUCUUGGUUUGUUGUGGCUCACACCAGGAAAGAGGUUUUAUGAACUCCUGCAGAGAGCCAGGGCAGCAGCCUCUGCCUGUAUCCCUAUGCUGGCACUUGGCAGCUCUCGGCAGAUCCCUUCAUCGGGAAAGAGUGGGCACGAUGUGUGGAGCUGGUCAGAGCUGUGCUACAUUGGAUGGAGAGCAAGAAGGGGACCACUCACUUAGCACAAACCUGAUGAUCCCAGGAAGGAUUGAAUUGCACUUUCUCAGAAACACAAUUCCUCAGGCAACUGCUGGCUUCAUCCUUCCAGACCUCUCUUCAGUUCCUUAAAUAAAGCUGUCUCUUUCUCCUCA